UCACGCGGUUUCAUCGGAUCAUGUGACCGAUUCUGCGCGCGACCCAGAUUCGGGCUGGGGACGGACGCGACGGGAUGGAGGCGCGGUUCCUGCUGGCGGUCGCUGUGAGUCUUGCGGGCUGGUGGUGUUCCCUAGCAUUGGGCUGGGCCCCAGAGCAGGACCAGAGUCUCCGGGUCCCUGCUGGAUGGAGCCACGUGGACCGGGUCGCUCCCUUGGAUGAGCUCGUGUUGACCUUUGCCCUCAGGCAGCAGAAUGUGGAGCAUCUGAUGAAGCUGGUGGGAAGAGUCUCAGACCCUGAUUCACCUCAGUAUGGAAAGUACCUGUCACUGGAGGAGCUGUGCACACUUGUCCAGCCAUCUCGCCUCACGCUCAACACCGUGCACAAGUGGUUGGGGGCCUAUGGCAUCAAGGGCUGCAAGACCAUUAGCACCUUGGACUUCCUAGAGUGCGUGAUGCCAGCCAGCACGGCGGAGCGUCUCCUGCCAGGAGCCCAGUUCCAUCGCUACGUGAGCGGCCAGCGCAGCGCUGUGCGCUCCCCUGUCCCCUACACCCUCCAUGAGGAGCUGGCUGAACACAUUGACUUUGUGGGUGGCCUGCACCGGUUCCCUGCGGAAAGGAAGGUGGUGACCAGAGCCUCGGGGGAGGAGGAGGCGACGGCGCAGUACCAGCAGAGGAGGGCAGCUUUCCAUCUGGGUGUGACGCCCUCUGUCAUCCGCAAGAGAUACAACCUGACAGACAGGGACAUCGGGGCAUUGCCCAAUAACAGCCAGGCCUGUGCCCAGUUCCUGGAGCAGUAUUUCCACCCGGCUGACCUGGCGGAGUUCAUGAAGCUCUUCGCAAGCAGCUUUGGGCACCGCUCCCGGGUCGACCAGGUGGUCGGGCACCAAGGGCUAGGCAAGGCGGGGCUGGAGGCCAGCCUGGAUGUGGAGUACAUCAUGAGCACAGGUGCCAACAUCUCCACCUGGGUCUUCAGUAACGCAGGGAGGCAUGAGAGCCAGGAGCCCUUCCUGGCCUGGCUGCUGCUGCUCAGUAACAUGUCCUCGGUGCCCUGGGUGCACUCGGUGAGCUACGGGGAUGAUGAGGACAGCCUGUCCGGGGCCUACAUGAAGCGCCUCAACGUGGAGUUCAUGAAGGCUGCUGCACGGGGCUUGACUGUGCUCUUCGCCUCAGGUGAUGCAGGAGCUGGCUGCAGAAAGCUUGCUGGAGGGAGCCACACUUUCCGGCCCGGCUUCCCAGCCUCCAGCCCCUAUGUGACCACGGUGGGUGGCACAGCCUUUCGGAACCCCUUCCGAGUGACUUGGGAGGUGACGGACUAUAUCAGCGGCGGGGGCUUCAGCAACGUCUUCCCUAUGCCGGACUACCAGGCUGCAGCUGUCAGGAAUUUCUUGCGCUCAGCUCCAAAGCUGCCACCCCGCUCCUAUUACAACAGCAGCGGCCGUGCCUACCCCGACCUGGCUGCCCUGUCUGACAACUACUGGGUGGUGACCAACCGCAUCCCCCUGCCCUGGGUGUCUGGGACAUCGGCUUCCACCCCUGUGGUGGGGGGCAUUAUGGCCCUGAUCAACGACCGUCGUUUGCAGAAAGGUCUGCCGCCUCUGGGCUUCCUGAACCCGGCACUCUACAAACUGCAGGAGAAGGGGCCUACUGCUGCCUUCUACGAUGUUACCCAGGGCUGCCACCUGUCGUGUCUGGAUGCAGCAGUGGAAGGGCAGGGGUUCUGUGCUGGCCCCUCCUGGGACCCUGUGUCAGGCUGGGGCACCCCCAACUUCCCACAGCUUCUGAAAGCUCUGCUCAACCCGUGAUGCCGGCAGCAGGAGGAAAGGGCUGGGGCUAGAGCAGAGUAUGCAGCAGGCAGGACCACCUCCGUUCUCGCCCCCUCCCUACUACCACAUCGAACCUGAGAUGGGGCACCUUCCUCCGAGCUGUAGGACCAAGGGGCCAGGUCACUGCUGUUCCUUUACCUUACUGAGCAGGCAAGGAUUCAGGGCCUCCUGGAAAGAAACGGCUCAGGCUUCCCCCUACCUCGCGCUCAGGCCUGCUAAUGCCUCCCUCCAGUUAUCUCAGGCACUGCUACUCUGCAGUCCAGUGCGGCAGCUGAGCACUGCAUUCCUCUGCCUGGCCCCAGGCCCCCAUGAGGGUGACACAGUGGGAGCUGCUUUGCGGGAGUCCCACACAGGGAGGGGAGAUGCUCUCACAUGAACUUUCCUCAGGGGAAGAAGUGGGAGCAAGGCUCACCCUGGCCCCCACUGGCAAUAAAGGUCUUGGCUCUAGAGCAGGGGUCCCCAACCCCCGGUCCGCGGCCCGGUACCGGUCCGCGGCCUCUUACAAACCGGGCCGCGAACCGACCCAGUGCGGGAGGUGUACCCGAGCCGCAGGACGAGCGCUCCCUCCGCAGUCAUGCCUGCGGGAGGUCCGCU